CCAACUUGCCACGUCGUCAGUUUUACUAACAUGCACCUCUAUGCGCUCAGAACCCCGUUCCGACCUCAACCCUCCGCUUCCCUAACAUCCCCAGAAUAGACUUCCCUCUUCCAGCUGGCGCACUUUAGCCUGGGCCGUAUUCGAUAAAAUUAAUAUUUUCUUAAUAGCAAAAUUACUUAUUAAAAAUGGUGGAAAAGCUGAGAGAGAUGACUUAACAGAGUAAAAACACUUUACUUUUCUUUGGUCUGGCACUGGCAUAGCAAAUUAGGGAGGGGGAGAGAGAGAUCGCUUUGGCGUUAAGCUAACGUGCGCCGACUCUCCGGUGAUCUAAAUCUAUCCGUAGAUUUCUCUCAUGGUCCCACUGACAGCUUCGAUGCAGACCGUCGGAUAUUCUGACAACACGUCUCCGUAGUUUGCUUGCCGUUUAUGGUAGAGCUAACAUGCGCAUAUAAAAAUAAAAACUAUUUUUAGCAGCUUUUUUUUUUUUUUUUAUUAUUAUUUUUUCAAUAUCCGUUUCUUCCUCUUCUGCCUUCUUCUUCGCUUUGUCUUGAAGUUAGGUUGGUGUAUAAGAGUGUGUAAAUAUGAAUUAUUUGUACGGUCAUCCACUAGUCCGAGCCCUAGCCCUAAUAUCUCUUCCAACAAAGGAGGAGAGGCGGUCAAUGGAAGUUCUUUAGUAUUUGCUUUUACUUUGGGCUCUUUUUGAUUUUUUUUCGUGUGAGAGAGAAGUAAUUUUGGUUGGGUUCGAGUUAUUAUUAUUUUUUUAGGAAAUUUAUUUAUUGAAAUUUGAUAUUUUGAUGAGAUAUGGAGGGAAAGGAGCAAAAUAUGAACAAGGAGAGUGGCUGUAGUAAGAGCGGAGAUGGGCUCAUUGAUAGAAGUAAAGUGAGGAUUCUGCUAUGCGAUAAUGAUUCCAAGAGCUGUGAGGAAGUUUUUACACUGCUUUUGAAGUGCUCUUAUCAGGCUAAAGGCUGCUAAGGCAAAUUUGCUUGGAGACUGAAAGAACAUUCAAUUUAAAGGAAAAGACUGACUGCUGCUGUGAGACAGACUUAAAUUCAGCUUAUUCUCUUGAAACAUCAAUGAGAACUUUGUACAGCGAUGUUUGUGCAAGAUUCCUUUUUGAUUCGUUUUUUCCUUUUGCCUGUUCAACUCCAUUACAUCAGUGAGAUCAGCUAGGCAGGUGAUUGAUGCGCUGAAUGCCGAGGGACCUGCUAUUGAUAUCAUACUUGCUGAAGUUGACCUUCCAAUGAACAAAGGCAUGAAGUUGCUGAAGUACAUCACACGGGAUAAAGAGUUGCGUCGCAUUCCUGUGAUCAUGAUGUCGGCACAGGACGAGGUCUCAAUUGUCGUUAAGUGCUUGAGGUUAGGAGCAGCAGACUAUCUUGUAAAGCCUUUACGCACUAAUGAGCUAUUGAACCUGUGGACACACAUGUGGAGAAGGAGGCGCAUGCUUGGAUUGGUGGAGAAGAACAUCUUGAGUUAUGACUUUGAUCUGGUGGCAUCAGAUCCUAGUGAUGCCAAUACAAAUAGCACUACUCUGUUCUCAGAUGACACAGAUGACAGGUCUAGGAAGUGCACAAACCCAGAAAUAGGCAUAUCAAUUCAUCAGGAAGAUGAGUCUGCUUCUGCUGCUGCUGCUGCUGCUGCUGUUGAGUCUUUGCCUAGCAAUCCACUAGAGUAUCGGCCUGAUGUGCCUAAAAUAAGUGACCGUAGAACAGGGCAAUUAUCAUCUGGUCCAAAGAAGAGUGAAUUGAAGAUUGGCGAGUCCUCUGCCUUCUUUACUUAUGUCAAAUCUAGCACUGUCAGAAACAAUUCUCAAGGGUUUGCCACCCUUGAGGACAGUGCUCCUCAAAAUUCGAGAACUGAAGAGAAACUUCAAGCACGUGGUCAGCAACCUGUUAAUGGUACUCAAUUACAUGAAAAUGGGGAGACACGAGAGAGCUAUUCACAAGAUGAAUUUUGUCGCAGUUCUAGUGUCCCUGAUUCUAUAUCAAUGGAGAGAUCUUGCACCCCACCCAUGUCAAGGGAAUUUCCUCAAAAGAAUUCCAAGGAUGAAAGUCUCUCUCUGGUGCUUAUGCAUUCAAGAAAUGACCUACAACUUGAUGCAUCUGGUUUAUCCACACAAAAUGUCUAUCCAUAUUAUAUGUCAGGAGUUGUGAACCAAGUUUUAAUGCCUUCAUCAGCACAACUGUAUCAAAAGAAUCUUCAUGAGCUGCAAACUAAUGUGCCUUCAGCUAUAAUGCCUCAAUACAAUCAUCUGCAACAAUGUUCCCCUCAUGUGACUGGAAUGGCAUCAUUCCCCUAUUACCCUGUUAACAUAUGUUUACAACCUGGUCAAAUGCCUACUGCUCAUUCAUGGCCAUCAUUUGGAAAUUCAUCUUCUGCUGAUGUGAAAAUCAAUAAAGUAGAUAGAAGGGAAGCAGCAUUGAUGAAGUUUAGACAGAAAAGGAAAGAACGUUGCUUUGAUAAGAAGAUUAGGUAUGUUAAUCGGAAAAAACUUGCUGAAAGGAGGCCACGGGUCCGGGGCCAGUUUGUCAGAAAGGUAAAUGGUGUAAAUGUGGAUCUUAAUGGGCAACCUUCUACUGAUUAUGAUGAAGAUGAAGACGACGAUGAGGAUGAACAUGCAUCGAGGGAUUCUUCUCCGGAAGAUGAUGCUUCAGGAUCUUGAUGCCCGAGGUGCUGGUUAAUGAGGUUCCUUAUAUUUCUUUGAUGCACCUUGCGGAAUUGCAGUUAUGAAGCUUUUGUUUCAAGUUCCUAGCACUGAUGAUGUCUUGUUCCAUGGAAGAUGUAAGUGCAUCAUAUCAAGGGAUCAAACAUAUCGAGUUGCAGAUGCCUGAACGAAGCAGCAUUGCUUUGGAUGAGAAAAAUACUACUGGUUCACCUUAUUCGAGUUAAGCAGUGGAUUUAAGGAUGCAUUAUACGAAAUUAUCUUGGUGAAGGAUCUCCCGCCACGAUUGUACAAGCUGAAGGAUAGAGCUCAAGCUCACUGCUUUUAUUUAUUUAUUUAUCUUUUUUUAUUGUUCAGACCUCAAAAUGCGGAAAGAUUGUUGAGAUAUUGGAAUUCUUCGUUGACAAAGACAAUCAUGUAAGAAUUUUUCGUUUUUUUUUUUUUUACAAUCCAAUGAAAACUAUUGAAGCAACUGCAUAA